AUAUCGUAUCGUGCGUCGCCUAACAAUGGCGGUCCGCGAAAGAGACUCCUGUCUGUGAUUUACAAAAAAAUAAAAAUAAAAACUAUAUUAACACUAACAAAAAAAAAGUACAAACCUUGGAAUUACAAUUAGAAUUUGGUGUUCGAAUUUUGAAAACAAACUAAUUCUAAUUAAGAACAGUGGUAUUUGAAUUUGGAUCGUGUUAAACUAAAAUACCGCGAAAUUUGAUUUAUUUUUCUUGUUUCCUACAAAUUUUAAAUAAAACAAGAUGACUUUUAGAGUUUUGAUAGUUUUUUGUGGCUUCAUAAUCGUACUGUGUUUCGUGAAUGAAUCUAAUGCAUUGAAAGAAAACGACAGGGGAGUCUGUGUUAUCAGAAAAAGCACGACUCAAAGACGUUCGAGGACUUACACGGCCAGCAGAUGGUGCGGCGGUCGACGAUGCUACUUCAAAAAAACGAAGCUUAUGAAACCAACCAUCAAAUGGACCAAUCAGACUGUAUGCUGCUUAGAUUGGAUAUACAACGUGAAGCGCGACUCUUGUGAUCCGGUGUGUAGCGCCGGCUGUCCUGCCUGCGAUACCCCAGGGACUUGCUCGUGUACCAUAAAUCCAGAGCAUCCCGGCCAAUGCCUCCCAAAGACCUGCGACCGUCCAUGUAUCGGAUCUAUCUGCAAGAAUAAUUCCUGCGAAUGUUUACCAAAGCAUCAGAAGUACAAUUCGACACACUGUGUCUUAUGUGAUGCAGGUUUCACACUCGACAGCCAAAUGGUGUGCAAGCCUUCGUGCGAGAUAGAGUGCGUUAAUGCAACUUGCACGGCUCCUAAUACUUGUUCCUGUCACCAAGGGUAUCAUUACAAAAGUGGCACGUGCGAACCGGCAUGUUCGAAAAAGUGCAUCAACUCUGCUUGCGUGGCCCCCAACAAAUGCGACUGUUUGGAUGGAUACAUUCGGGUGAAUUCGACUUACUGUCGACCUGAAUGUGCGGGUUGUUCUAACGGGGUUUGCGUGGCGCCAAAUAAUUGUUCGUGCAUAGAGGGUUAUAGCCGAGUUAGUGGUAAAUGUCAGCCUCUAUGUCCCACUGCUUGUCAGAAUGCAACUUGCGUUUCGCCAAACAAGUGCGACUGUCUGAAUGGAUACAUUCCGCUAAAUUCGACGCAUUGCCAACCUGAAUGUACAAAAUGCACUAAUGGGGUUUGUGUGGCGCCAAAUAAUUGUUCUUGCAACGAAGGGUUUAGUCGAGUCAGUGGUGAAUGUAAGCCUGUCUGCUCGAGCACGUGUAGCAACGCAACUUGCGUCGCUCCGGAUAUAUGUGCGUGCUUGAACGGAUACACUAGGAUCAAUUCGACACAUUGCAGACCUGAAUGCAGGAAUUGCCUUAAUGGGGUUUGUGUGGCGCCAAAUAAGUGUUCUUGCAACGUAGGCUUUGGUCGAGUCAGUGAUGAAUGUAAGCCCGUCUGCUCGAGCAUGUGUAGCAACGCAACUUGCGUGGCUCCAGAUAAAUGUGCGUGUUUGAACGGAUACACACGGAUAAAUUCGACACAUUGCAGACCCCAAUGCAGGAACUGCCUUAAUGGUUUUUGUGUGGCGCCAAAUAAUUGUUCUUGCAACGAAGGCUUUAGUAGAGUUAGUGGUGAAUGUAAGCCCGUCUGCUCGAGCAUGUGUAGUAACGCAACUUGCGUGGCUCCAGAUAAAUGUGCGUGUUUGAACGGAUACACACGGAUAAAUUCCACACAUUGCAGACCCGAAUGCAGGAACUGCCUUAGUGGGAUUUGUGUGGCGCCAAAUAGGUGUUCUUGCAAUGAAGGAUUUAGUCGAGUCAGUGGUGAAUGCAAGCCCGUCUGCUCGAGCAUGUGUAUCAACGCAACUUGCGUCGCUCCGGAUACAUGUACGUGUUUGAACGGAUACACACGGAUCAAUUCCACGCAUUGCAGACCCGAAUGCAGGAAUUGUCUUAAUGGGGUUUGUGUGGCGCCAAAUAAUUGUUCUUGCAACGAAGGCUUUAGUAGAGUCAGUGAUGAUUGUAAGCCUGUCUGCUCGAGCACGUGUAUCAAUGCAACUUGCGUGGCUCCAGAUACAUGUGCAUGUUUGAAUGCGUACACUCGGAUCAAUUUGACACAUUGCCGUCCUGAAUGUACCAAGUGUACGAAUGGAGUUUGUGUGGCACCGGGAAAGUGUUCCUGCAAUGAUGGAUUUAGUCUGAUUGAUGGGGAAUGCAGGUCUGUUUGUAGAAACUGUGAAAAUGGUGUUUGCUCAAAGGGUAAUGUGUGCUUGUGCAAUGAGAGCUUCGAGAUGCACAACGGUACCUGCAGACGAAAAUGCGGACAUCACGAUUGUGGUCAAGAAAAUACCGUCAGCGGUGAUCGUCUUGGAAAGAACGAUACGGUCAUAAGGCAACGUACUCGUUUGGUCUACAAUAAGAAAAGAUGUCGCGGCAAGACUAACAGCGGCUCGUGCGUUAUAACCGAAUCAUACGUGAGCAUUGAGAAGAGUCAAUCAUGCAAGACCGGCUGGAUAUAUGAGGCGAAGACCGACAGCUGUGUACCGAAAUGCACGAGCGGUUGCGUGAACGGAACUUGCGAGGCGCCCGAGGUCUGCACCUGUCUAGAGCCUCUGGUCCUCAGACGCGGACACUGCGUGGAGCCCACGUGUUCACCAGCCUGCGACUCCUACAGCAGCUGCACCGACUUCAACGUGUGCACCUGCGUGAACAACACGAUCGCUUUGAACGGCUCCCAGUGCGCCCCCGUGUGCCCCGACGGCUACUACAACGAUCCCGUGGAGUGCUCCCCGCGGUGCGAGCGCUGCGUCAACGGCACGUGCACGGAGCCCGGCCUAUGCACGUGCGACCCCGGCUACAAGAACAUCGAUGACGUGUGCGUGCCUAAGUGCUUGGACUGCCGCAACGGCGAGUGCGUGGCUCCCAAUGAUUGCCUCUGUCACGACAAUUACGCCAUGAGUAACGGCACGUGCGCCCCUGUGUGCCGCCGGGCCUGCACAAAUGGGGCGUGCUCGGAGCCCGAUAAGUGCACGUGCGACGAUGGCUACCGGUUGAGUCCCGAGGAACCUUUCGUCUGCCUGCCGGUCUGUUCUGAGCGCUGCGUGAACUCUCACUGUUCGUCCCCUAAUACGUGCACGUGCUUCAAAGACUACGAGCGUAACGAUACGAAUUCGAACGUUUGUUACAAGAAAUGCGAUGGAGCUUGCGAAAAUGGCCGGUGCUCUUUGGACGGAGCGUGCGAGUGCGACUCCGGAUACAUACUGUCCAAUGGAACGUGCAUAAGAAAUAAUACAGCGUGCUCCGCGAACUGCAGCGCGGGCGGGGAGGAGUGCGGGCUCGGCAGCGGUUGCCCGUCGGAGCAAACCCACUUCCCCGCCGAAGUUACUUCCGCAGGGCUGGCGGGCUUGCAGAUCAGCUGGCUGCUGGGCGGAGCCGUGGGGCUCUUGCUGCUAACGCUCCUACUCGUCGUCAUCCACAGAACCUGGAGAAGACGACUGGAACUCGAAAAAAAGAUCAAAGAAGACCAAGCAAGCCCCGGCAACUACAGCGUCAUGUGCAGCAACCCUAACAGGCUGCUGCAGACCCAGCCCGGUGACGUCACGAGGGGCUACUCCGACGACCUCCCGCCGACAGACGAAACCGAACUCACUUACGAAGUCCCCCUACGAGACGAGAGCUACUGAACCAAUCGUGAUGUGGAACCAGCAAUGUAAAUAGAAAUAGUCUUCUAAAUAAAUUAUAAUGAAUAGUACAA